CUCUUUCCUAGAGCGACCGCUCGUCAGCGUCCGGGCCGCAGGGGCCGCCCCUCCAACGGCAGCGGCUGUUGCUAGGAGACAGAGGGACGCGACUUGCUGCAGGGGGGAGGCUCAAGAGGGAGGGGGGCGCCCCCUUGGCAGCCUCUCACCCGGCUCCCCCCAGCCCCGCAGCCAUGCCGAAGAAGGGGCGCAAGGGGCGCAAGGCGGCCGCCCUGAGCGAGGAGGAGCGGUUGCUGCUGCUGCAGCAGAAGAUGCUGGCGGAGGAGGAGCUGAGCAAGAAGAAGGAGGACAUGCUCACCCAGUUCCUGAAGGACAAGCUGGCGAAGGAGGAGCACAACAGCGCCCUCAACAUGAAUAAAAUCAACCUGCAGUGGCGCACGGUGCUGCGGGAAGUCAAGGCCAGAGAACUGCGCAAGGACAUUGAGAUCCUGAGCCAGACCUUUGAGCGGGUGGUGGACUGCAAGGACAGUGUCAUCCAGUCGCUGGCCAGGGACCUGUCUGAGGCAGAGGCGCAGUACACUCAUGCCCUGUGCAGCCACCUGCACAACAUCGACCAGUUGCUACAGCUCCAGCGGUGCCGCCUGAGGUACCUGGAUGAGGAUUACAACACCGAGCUGGAGGCCCUGAAGAAGGAGUUUGAGACAGAAAGGAGGAUGAUCAUCGAGCACCAAGACAAGGAGAGCCGCUACCUGCGGGACGUGCUGCUGGCCCUGGAGCAGAACUUCAGUGAGAGCGAGUACGAGGCCAAGCUGGACUUCCAGAGCACCAGGGACGACGUCAAGAACAAGAACCUGGAGGAGAAGCACUAUCUGCGUGUGCAGCUGGAGGGCACAGUGGAGGAGCUGUGGAAGCGGUUCCAGCAGGCGCUGAAGAACUACACCGAGGCAACAGAGGACCGGAAGAUUGCAUUUGAGGCCCUCAAGCUGAAGGAUGAGAAGAGCUCCAAGGAGAUUGAGAUGCAGAUGAAGAAGCUGCAGAAAAUUCAGGACUCCAUUGGCAUCCUGAAAGGCAAGAUCACGGCACACAUGCGGGAGGCCGAGGAGCAGAACCGGCGCUUGCAAGAGGAGAAGGAGGUUGUGCUCAAGCAGCUGCAGAAGCUCAAGAGCCAGAUGAACCAGGCCAGGACCAAGGCCAGAAGCAACCUGGCCAAGCUCACCCUGGAGAGCAGCACUGCCCUGAAGAAGCUAAGGCGUGUCCUAGAAAAGGCAGAGCUCAUCCUGAGGCUGGCAGAGAUGUGUCGGAAGCUGGAGACCGAGGAGGAGAAGGUGCUACCAUUCUACGCCUCCUUGCUGAGCAGGGAGGAGCAGGAGAAGGUGGAGCAGGUCUCCCUGGAGAAGCCUGGGGAGCAGCUGGCCCAGCUGAUGCAGGAUUACCUGGGCCUGGAGCACUUCUGGCAAAGGUACAACAAGGUGAAGCUGGAGCAGCUGUCUCUGGAGCGGGAGAAGGCAGUGCUGUGUCAGGAGAACCAGAAGCUGCGCCUGCUGCUCAAGCAGUACCUGGACGGGAUCUCGGUGAGCGAUGAGGUUCUCAGCAGGCUCAACCCACUGCUCAUCGUCAACCACAAGCCCCAUGCGCCUGGGCCUGCCGGCAAAGCCCACCGAAAACGACUCCUUCACAAUGUCAUCGAGGCUGCCCACGAGGUGCCACACAUCCUGUGAGCUGCGCACCUACCCAGCCUGGGGCAUGCUGGGAACUGUGCUCUGCGAGCUGCGGCAGCUUGUGCCUGGCGCGCGUGGCUGGGCGAGUCGGGCGUGAGGAGCGGCGAGCGCUUCCCCCGUGGGGCUGUCCCACUUGCUGGGGAAACUCCGUGCCCAUUAAAGGGUUGUACUGAUCGCAGUGG